AUGGGAAAUAUCUUUGCAAACCUCUUCAAGGGCCUUUUUGGCAAAAAAGAAAUGCACAUUCUCAUGGAGGGCUUGGAUGCUGCGGGGAAGACCACCAUCCUGUACAAACUAAAGCUGGGUGAGAUCGUGACCAUCAUUCCCACCAUAGGCUUCAACGUGGAGACCGUGGAGUACAAGAACAUCAGCUUCACCGGGUGGGACGUGGGCAGCCAGGGCAAGAUCCGGCCUCUGUGGCGCCACUACUUCCAGAAUACACAGGGUCUCAUCUUUGUGGUUGACAGCAAUGACCGAGAGCCUGUGAACGAGGCCUGUGAGGAGCUCAUGAGGAUGCUGGCGGAGAAUGAGCUCAGGGAUGCCGUCCUGCUGGUGUUUGCCAACAAGCAGGACCUCCCGAACGCCACAAAUGUGGCUGAGAUCACAGACAAGCUAGGGCUGCACUCCCUGCACCACAGGAACUGGUACAUUCAGGCCACCUGUGCCACCAGCGGGGAUGGGCUCUAUGAGGGACUGGACUGGCUGUCUAAUCAGCUCUGGAACCAGAAGUGA